UCGCUGUUGCGAAGGGAGGCAACUCUUCCCGUCCUACUUAUCAACCAGGCCAUGCACGAAAAAGCUAGCAUGUAUGCACAAACAUAUCUCCUUGCAAAGUUAACACUCUGAAGCCAGCCUAGUUCCACGCUAUAGGAUGUCCGAUACAAGCCGAGGAUCUGGAUAUGUCGACAACUGGCAGUCAAAGAAGACUGUCACAGAGUGUAAUCUCCACAUGCUCGACACGGAAGACUUCAGUGACGUCACCUUCCGUGUGGGGGCAGAGAAACAGGUGGUCCGAGCUCACCGCUACGUUCUUGUCAGUCGCAGCUGUGUCUUCGAAGCUAUGUUCUGUGGCCCCCUGGCGGAGACAGGGGAGGUAACCAUCCCCGACAUUGAGGCAGACAUCUUCAAAGAGUUCUUGAGGUAUGUUUACACAGACAAGGCCACUAUCAAUGGUGAAACAGUCACAGGACUCAUGUACACCUCUAGGAAAUAUUCUCAAGACGCAUUGUUCAAUCUGUGUGUAACGUUCCUGGAACAAUCCCUGUCAGAAGACAAUGUCUGCCAGAUCCUGGAACAGUGUCAUGUCUACGGAGAGCUGGACCUCGAACAGAACGCGCUGAAGAUUCUUACUGAAGGGGGGACGAGGGUCACCAAGUCAGUCGGGUUUGUGAAUCUUUGCCCUGAUUGUGUGGAUCAGUUUGUCAGGUCAGAGAAUUUAGAUUUGAAAGAGGAAGACGUAUUUGAUGCUAUGCUGUCCUGGGCAAGGGAAAGAUGCCGAGAGGAAGGUGUGAGUGACACGCCUGAGGACAUACGGAGACUCCUGGGAGAUAUGAGGUAUGAGAUCCGGUUUACCAGCAUCCCCCUGGAGUACCUGGUGAAGGAUGUAGGCCGAUCUGGUGUGCUGACAGACAGUGAGAGAGUACGAAUAAUGGACAGAGCUACAGAAACAAAUGUUGACAUAUCUCCGUUUAAACAUUCACAGAGAAAGGCCCACAAUAUCAUUCAGGAGAAGCAUGUAGCAUCCUAUGGAAGUGUGGUGAAUAGGUUUUCGUCUCACUCCUUUUUGUUUAUGCCACCUGAGAAAAGUGCUAUCUCCUUCUCACCUAGUCAGAACAUUCUCCUACUGGGGUGUGUACUUUUUGGGGGGCGGAAUGAUGAAGAGUAUAAACUGACAAUCAGAGUGUAUGACCCCAUGAUUGCUGAACCGUUCCCGAACACCAGGAUGACGCUUCAAGGCAGGAGAAAGCUGAACGACGUCCUGUUUCCCAGGUCUAUUUCCGUCGCAGCACGUACGACCUAUACUGUGUGUGGACAUGGAGGGACCUGA